CGCCGCGCGAGCGGCGCCGUGUCUUGGCCUGGUCCCGCGUGGGCAGAGGUUGCGGCAGCUCCCUUUGUCCAUCGCAGGAGAGUCGCGCCAGAGUGGGUCUGUCAGCCGCGCUGGACCUCGCGGGCAGCGUCUCCGGAGAAGAUGCUCCUCCUUUUCUCUCCAGUUCUCGUCUGAGGACUGAAACUCUUGUCUCUCUAAAAAAACCACAAAGACCUUCUGCAGCUUCGCAGCGCGGCCUGGGGCGCUUUUGAGGUGGAUUGACGUAUCGCGCCCUGCACUGUUCCCGUCUGAGAGCUGUUUGCCAGAGAAUCCCACGCAGGUUUAGGGGAUUCGAAUCCUUUGGAGGACCACACAGUUCCUCUUAGUCUCCUCAGUUAGUUUCGACGCAAACACUGCACAGGAGGACACAAUUUAAUGUUUCCUCUCCAAACCGCCAACGCUGACUUAGAAACGCGAACCUUCAAAGCGCACGGAACAAAAACGAUAUUGGCAGUGUGUGGUAUGCAUCCUGACCAUCAGGAAACUCUGAAAAAGAACCGAGUAGUGCUGGCCAAACAACUGUUGCUGAGUGAACUGUUAGAACAUCUGCUAGAAAAGGACAUCAUCACUUUGGAAAUGCGGGAGCUCAUCCAGGCCAAAGGAGGCAGCUUCAGCCAGAAUGUGGAACUUCUCAACCUGUUGCCAAAGAGAGGACCCCAGGCUUUUGAUGCCUUCUGUGAGGCCCUGCGGGAGACCAGUCAGGGCCACUUGGAAGACUUAUUACUCACAACUCUCUCUGAUAUUCAGCAUGUACUGCCACCGUUGAGCUGUGACUAUGACACAAGUCUCCCUUUCUCAGUGUGUGAGUCCUGCCCGCCUCAGAAGCAGCUUCGCCUCUCCACAGAUACUAUGGAACACUCCUUAGAUAAUGGUGAUGGUCCUCCCUGCCUUCAGGUGAAACCGUGCACUCCUGAGUUUUAUCAAGCACACUACCAGCUGGCCUAUAGAUUGCAGUCUCAGCCUCGUGGCUUGGCACUAGUGUUGAGUAAUGUGCACUUCACUGGAGAGAAAGACCUGGAAUUUCGCUCUGGAGGGGAUGUGGACCACAAUACUCUAGUCACCCUCUUCAAGCUUUUGGGCUACAGUGUCCAUGUUCUACAUGACCAGACCGCACAGGAGAUGCAAGAGAAACUUCAGAAUUUUGCACAGUUACCUACACACCGGGUCACAGACUCCUGCAUAGUGGCACUCCUCUCACAUGGUGUAGAAGGUGGCAUUUACGGUGUGGAUGGCAAACUGCUUCAGCUCCAAGAGGUUUUUCGACUUUUUGACAAUGCUAACUGUCCAAGUCUACAGAACAAGCCGAAAAUGUUCUUCAUCCAAGCGUGUCGUGGAGAUGAGACAGAUCGAGGGGUAGACCAGCAAGAUGGAAAGAAUCACCCACAAUCCCCAGGAUGUGAGGAGAGUGAUGCUGGCAAAGAAGAAUUAAUGAAGAUGAGACUGCCUACUCGCUCAGACAUGAUAUGUGGCUAUGCUUGCCUAAAAGGCAAUGCUGCUAUGCGGAACACUAAACGGGGUUCCUGGUACAUUGAGGCACUCACUCAGGUGUUCUCUGAAAGAGCUUGUGACAUGCAUGUGGCUGACAUGCUGGUUAAGGUGAAUGCCCUUAUCAAGGAGCGGGAAGGCUACGCCCCUGGCACAGAAUUCCAUCGAUGCAAGGAGAUGUCUGAGUACUGUAGUACUUUGUGCCGGCAGCUCUACCUGUUCCCAGGCCACCCACCCACGUGAUGCCACCCACCACCCCCAUGAUACCAUGCUUUUGGAAGUCACUGGACCACUGGGGGCACAAUGGAGCCUUCUCUUCAGGAUGGUUUUUGUUUUAUUUACUCCCUCAGGGAUCUUGAGACUCCCAGGCUUGAUUCCUUUUGGCCGUCUCCAUCAUUGGGUCUGAGACUUAAGGGCUGCUCCUCCAGUGUGGAGGAGUGCUCUCUCCCUGUAGAGCCAGCUCCGAAUGCAUUUGUUGCCAGAAGCAUUUUGGCUACAGCCAACGAGCCUGGGAAGUGACAUCGUGAACACAGUAUUAUUGCAGGGAGAGGGCAUGUGGGUUUCUCAAUGUUUGUGGUAUUUCUGUUCCCAUGGUUCUUAGGGGUCUUUUGGUCAUUGCUUUUUUGCGUCAGCUAAGGUGUCUCAGAGAUCAUCUCCUACCUUUUCUUCAUAUCUACAAUGUUAUUUGUCUCAUAGUGAAGAAUGGAAGAUGUCAUCUAUCUUGAAGAGGCAUAUGGGAAUGAGACCCUGCUAUUCUGAGAAGUUCUUUGCAUACCUUUGAGUGCAGGCCCCAAGUAAAGGAUAGUCUCUCAGCUUUACUCUUGGUUCUUUUAUGGUUUGUGCACCUAGCCUUUGAACAGAGCCUAGAGCCUGUACAUUGGAAGUCAUACUUUCCCUGGUCUUUGAACUGAUAUGAACCUUGUAGGACAUAGCAACAUAAAAAUGCAAUGGCGGGUCACUGCUAUGUUUCACAGUCACCUGUCACUAGGAUCUCUCCUUCCUUACUGUGGUUUCUGCUGUGCAGUUAAACCUCAAGGAAGUUUCUUGCUUUGCAUUGGUUCCCCCUCUUUACCUUCAUCCCAUUCGCUGCUUCUGCCAAGUCUGUGAAAUCCUCCUUUGCAGGAUGUUCUGGCCACUUAAGGUGCAGUGCAGUACCUUGUUUCUGCAUCUUCUUCAGUAUAAUGUCCUUUGGUUUUAUGAGGCAGUGUCUCCCCUUGGCAUUGUUUCUCUGUGUUUCAGUGAGAAUAGUACCAUACAUAGUACUCCAUUAACCUAGAAGCACUUGUCUCUGCUUUAAUGAAACUUUCUUAUUCUUUAAAACCUUUUGUAUUUUUAUUUUUGCUUCACUUCAGCUUAGUCUCCAUAUAACAGAGUAGUUUUGUUUUUUUUAAAUACCUGAUAAUGUCACUCCCCUGCUUAGAACAUUAGCUUCCUGUUACACCUCAUCUAAAAUUCAAAUUCUUACCCCAGUUUACAAGAUCCGGCUCUUACCUUCCCUUUGGAUGUUAUUAAAUGGUGAUUUCUCACUAUGCUCCAGUCCCUCUCAGUUCCUUCUGUCAAUGUCACAGGUGUUCUGAACUCUUUGUUAGGAUGGCAUAUUCUUGAGUCUAGUGGAGCCCUCUUAGCCAUGCUGUUUAUGAACAGUCUUCUAAACCUCUUCUUAAUUGCAUCAUGUUGGUCCUUCCGUCAUGCUUACUGCAGUUUGUAAUGGCACUUUUUCUUGUUUCACUUGUUGAUACCUUCCCUCUUAAGCUGAAAGCUCCAAGAGAGCAGAAAUUUUCUACUUACUGUAUACCCAGUACCUGGCACUUACUAGGUCUUCGAUGAAUAAAGGAAAGAAAGAGAUAAGCAUCUAACUCCAGUUGGAUCCUACAUUUUAGCAAUUUAUAAAUUGCUAUUACAGUAUAAUUAGUAAUUGUAUUCUUUGGGGGGCUUUGCUGUUUAUUUUUAUCCAUUGUUUUGUUUGUUUUAAAUCUUUUGAAGACAUAUCACAUGUGAGACAGGUAACUUCCUUCACAUCUCCAUGGUGCCCAGCAAAUUUGAGGCCUAUGGUAGUUGAGGUGCUCAAUUAAUGUUUGUUGUAUGAACCAGGUGGUUUGAAGACUUGCUGCCAAAUUCUGCCUUUGGUCAGUAUAGGAUACAUAUAUUUGAGUGGUAGAAUCUUCAUACUUCCCACUGCCAAGAUUUUGUAUUGCCAUCAGGUGCCAAAUAAAUGUUGAUACUUAACUACUGA